UAUAUUUUGUGUGUGCAUUUCAUGUUACCAUUGUAUUUUUUAUAUAUAUAUUAUAAAUAAAAUAUAUUAGUAUCGAUAUGUGUUCAACACUAAAGCAAACGUUGAAAUAAUUAUUGGCAAUCGUAGGAUAAUAGGGUCAGGGAAUCAUCACGUAGGAUAGUAAGAGGGUCGGGAAAUGGUAGGAUAAUAAAAAGGGUUGCGGAAUCAUCGCGGAGUUUCGCCUAGACGUCGCGUUUUCAUGGCUGUUGAGACGGAAAAACGUCGCGAUUACAUCGCCUGGAUGUAGCUGUUACGGAGGCGCUACGUAGUGCCAAUGUGCACACGACUGAAAAGCUACUAAAUACCGACCUUCAAAAAACGUAUCAGCGACGUAGCGCCGACGUACUUGUGCUGACUGGGUUGUGUGAUGUAUGUUAAGGUUGUUGCUUGCCUCUCUCCUGCACUGCAGCAGCUGCCUGAGCUCGUCCACAGUGACUUGUCCAUUCAUGCCUCUGAAGUCUUUAGGAAUCGCUGCCUGGGGCCGCAGGCCAGGCUGUGGUUCGGCUUCGGGCCUGAGCUCCGGCUCUGGGUGUGGACUUUGGAUGGGCUCACAGCCCUGCAUAUGACAAGCGGGGGUGGAAAGCAGAAGCCUUCUAGGCAUGUCUCAGUCUGUCUAAGUGGGACUUUCUUUUGCCACAAUUAAUUGAUUUUCCCAUUAGGGACUACCUGGUGACUGUCACCUCGCAAGCCGUGAGUGGAAGCACAGAGACAGUAUGCGUCCACCUGGAGUCUCAGAUGCCGGUGACGUUCAACAUCUCACUGCUCAUGGAGGGUGACGUCACUGUCGUCUUAAUGGAAGAGGUGGUAACUCACCCAUUCUUCCGCUGUGUGCCCUUCCAGGUUCCUGCUGUGUCCUCCCCCAGAGUAGCCACCUUACGUGCCACUUUCAAGGGGCCCACUGAGCAUGUAACAGAAAAUACCAAGAUCUUUAUCAUUCCGUCUGGCAGCCUCCCCAUCAUGCAGACUGACAAACCGAUCUAUAAGCCUGGACAGGAAGUCAUGUUCCGAAUUGCAACAAUGGAUUUCAGUUUUUUGCCUCUGAACCAGAAGUACCAAACUGUGGAGUUGAAGGAUCCCAACCACAAUCGUAUUGCUCAGUGGUUAAACCAGUCAGCUGCCAGCGGGAUUCUGGACUUGUCCUAUCGCCUGAGUGCUGAGUCGCCUCAGGGCAGAUACGUCAUCACCGCCUGGAAUGAAGCAGGCAGACAAGCCUCCCAGUCCUUUGAAGUGCAAGAGUAUGUUCUACCCAAGUUUGAGGUAAAAGUGCAUCUUCCUGAGGUUUUGUAUGUUCAAGAUAUUCAGCCAGUGCUGAAAGUUUGUGGAAAAUACACCUAUGGAAAGCCCAUCCUAGGAUCAGUGAAGGCAAAAGUGUGUCUGCAGGGCUGGAGAUUGAAUACAUGCAUGACAUACAUCAAGACAACUGACAGGGCGGGAUGUGCCUCCCAAACACUGGACUUGGCUGCUCUGAGAAAAGGAGAAGGUGGAUACAUCCAGCAUCUGUUUGUCGAGAGUGAGUUACAGGAGUCUGGGACAGGAGUGAUCCUGACGGGGGAGGCCCAGUCGGAGGUCUUCUUGUCCCGCGGCACUGACAUGGUUACUGUCUUGUUUGAGGAGGAGCCGCCCAGUUUCAGACGAGGAAUCCUGUAUGAAGUCAAAGUAAGAGUCCUUGUUGCUGAAUGCUUAUGUCCUUCUCUCAAUCAGGCCUAUCACCAAACAUGCACGUCACAGAGUUGCAGAGUUCAUAAGAAGGUCAUGGCAUUUUUUUCAAAGAGCAACAGCUAUCUGAAGAUCAUGUCGGUCCAGGGGAAGCUUCCAUGUGAUCAGGAAGGACUUGUCUGGGCAAAGUACAUCAUCCAGGGCGCAGCACUGCAGAAGGGCCAGGAGUCACUGUACGUUUACUACUUGUGUCUCCUGCUUAACCCUAUUCUUGUGUACAACCUGCUGCUCAGCGUAUUCUUCUGCCAGCAGAACCACGAUGCAUCCCAAUCAGCUCAUGUCAACCACUCCAGAUUCAGGACACCCACGUCAAACAAUUACUGUUACAGCAGCAUAUCCGUGCUGGUAAAUAAAAAUUCUGUAUGCCUUGAUAAAAACAUUAAAAGAUCUGUAAUCGCCUUCCCUCACCAGAUGUACAGUAAGCUGCCGCUGCAGAGGCUUUCGGGAUACGACCCGCGCCUGAAGGAUGAAGUGAGCAGCUUCCAGGCUUGCCACAAUGAUAUAUACAGCGUCUUCAAGGAAAUUGGAGUAAAAGUCAUAACAAGUUACAGCGUGAGGACUCCUGGGCCGUGUGUAUUGUAUCAACCUGGCAUCCACCAUAAAGUGUACCUUGUAUCACCAGAACAUCUUGGGGAGAAGGGCAUGGUCAGCUUGGUUGGCCAACCCGGUCCCCUUGACUCCUCCGACUCGCUUGCCUGGGAUGCUGAUGACAUUGAGGGUUUCGCAGUAGAAUCGCCGGUGCAGACCGUCCGCACCUACUUCCCAGAGACGUGGAUCUGGGACCUGGUGCCAGUUGGAGACUCGGGCUCCGUGAAUGUGACGCACACCAUUCCAGACACCAUCACCAAAUGGGUGGCGGGGGCUUUCUGCACCUCCCCAGUGGGCUUUGGCCUGGCCCCCAGCGCCCAGCUCACUGCCUACCAGCCCUUCUUCGUGAGCCUGACGUUGCCUUACUCUGUCGUCCGGGGUGAGGUGUUCACCCUGAAAGCCUCCGUGUUCAGCUACCUCCCCAGAUGUAUCAUGGUUCAGGUGAUCCUGGCGGAGUCGGAUGAAUUCACGGCCCAAGCCUGCGAAGGGUGCAAGUACAAGCACUGUGUGUGUGAAGAAGAGGCAAGGACCUUUAGGUGGAUCCUGAAACCUGCUGCUCUAGGUGAGGUGACCAUUGCAGUGAGUGCAGAGGCCCUGAGGACACAGGAGCUUUGUGGAAACGAGGUGGUGACCGUGCCCGAGAGGGGGCGUACAGACACGGUCAUCAGGAAGCUGCUGGUGGAGGUUGGCAUGCUGCUUCGCUACCAGAGGGAGCUAAAUUACAAACACGAUGAUGGAUCUUACAGUGCAUUUGGAAUGAAUGACCAGUCUGGCAACACCUGGCUCACCGCAUUUGUACUAAAGUCCUUCGGAGGGGCAAGUCCGUACAUCUUUGUGGACCCGAGACACAUCGGCGAUGCUAAGCUGUGGCUACACAGGCAACAGAAGAAUAAUGGCUGCUUUAGGUCGGUGGGGAAGCUCUUCCACAACAGAAUGAAGGGCGGAGUCAGCGAUGAAGUGUCCCUGACUGCCUACAUCACUGCUGCUCUUCUUGAGAUAGACAGAGACACCUCUAAUGCAGUGCUGGAGAAGAGCUUCCCGGAGGGUGAAAGUACAGUGGUUGUGUCAUCGGCUGGUGGAUACAAGCAGGAGUUUGUAGUGAAUCAACACAACAGGUUGCUGUACCAGGAGGUCCGGCUGAUGGAAGUCCCGGGAGAGUACAGCAUCAAAGCGACAGGCCAAGGCUGCGCGUUUCUGCAGAUUGCUCUGCAUUACCACAUCCCUGCUCCUGCUGACUUCUCAGCUUUCAGCAUCACCACCAAGACAGAUGGGCUAUGCGACAGCUCAAGGAAGCCCUUGACAGUGUCUGUGGAAGUGAGGUACAAUGGGAAGCGGGAUGAAACUAACAUGGUGAUUAUAAAGAUGAAGCUCCUGUCUGGAUAUUCGCUGGACAAGCCUUCCCGUGAAGCUAUGCUAAGCCAGCCCAAUGUAAAGCGGGUAGAAGAGGAUGAUGGGCAUGUUAUCCUCUACGUGGAUGAGCUGAAGAAAAUGAAGUCCAACUUGUACUCUCUGACCAUAAUGGAAGAUGUACCUGUACGGAAUCGAAAGCCAGCUGUGGUGAAGGUGUACGACUACUACCAGACAAGUGAUGAAGCUGUGAGUGAGUACAGCUCCCCUUGUGCAGACACUUCUGGUUUCUUGCAGGUCACGGCUUAAAUGAGGUGUAGGGUGGAUGGUGCCGUGUGAUUGGAGAGCUGGGCCAGCCCCCUGGGAUGAUGCCUUG